CACACACACACAUACACACACACACACACACACAGCACACACACACACACACACACAGCAGUGAGAGGACAUUAUCUUUCAUUCUUAAACACAUUUGAAGAAUCUUGAGAUUCUAUCAGUUCUCUGUGAGAUGAAGAAAAGUUUCAGCACCUGUUUCCUCCUGCUGGCUGCGUCAGUCCUGGGUGUCAUGCUGAAUGAUGUUGUCUAUGACAAAGGAAGUGAAGGCGAGUCUGCGGUCAUCAACUGUUCUUACGCUGCACAAUAUAAAACCUCUCACAAAUAUUUCUGUAAAGGAAUUCAGGAAGACUGUAAGACUCUUAUAAAAAGUGAUGGACAGAAUGAGUGGACGCUGGAAGGAAGACUGUCUCUGCAUGACAACAAAGAGAAAAAUAUUUUUGUGGUGAACAUCAAUAACCUGAGUUCUGAGGAUUCAGGACGAUACGGCUGUGGAGUGGAAAUAACAGGACAGGACCUGAUUACUGUAGUUCAUCUGACUGUGAUGAAGGAAAGACACAUUACAGCAGCAACAUAUAGAUCAGAAAGUGUGACAGAGACGACAGGAAGUUCUACUCGGCCCAGAGAGUCUCAGACACUUUCAGGCAUCUAUUCCUACAUUAGAUGGACUUUUGGUGGAAUCCUGCUGGUGUUGUUAGUCAUUUUCUGUGUCUUCGAAUUCAGUGUAGUUCAAAGCAGUGCAGGUACAAUAUAA